AUGGUACUCAUUAACGACGUGCACUAUGCUCGAGUGGCAGGAUUGGAUGCUUAUGAUGUCAAGACUAACGACAACGCUUUCGUGCUUUGGUGGCACGACUUGAAGGAGUCGACGCUGUACGUCAGUCGAGCUCGAUUCCCAGAUUCCGGUGAAAAUGCUGCUGCGACUACGCGUGUUUUGCUGAACGCGGCACUGCAAGAAGCACGCAAGUUCAAGCUGAAGAAGGUCGUGGUCUGGGACCCGCCGUCUGGUUUGGUGCGCGACGAAAUACGCCGUCUCCUUGAGAUUGAGGUUGCAGAGCGCAAACUUUCUCUGUCGAGUGCUACGGUGUUUCGCCGUGGGGACACUCAAGAGGCAACGACAGCUCUGCCUCUCUGGUUCUGCAACGAGAACUGA